CGCAUGACCUCAUUUGCAUAUCAUUUCCGGUGGAUUCAUGAAUGAAAAUGCCAAAGGUUUAUUUGUAAAUAAUUUUUCUUCCAGUAGGCCGACGAGUGACUUCAGUAUCGUGCUAUGGCUUCUGGAGGGAUAGAUACUGCCACUACAAUGUCAAAGCUGCUCGGAAGCAAGAGAAACAAUAAACUUGAGAAGGAAAGACCAAAAUUUUUAGCACGCCACAGAAUGCACAGGUCCUCUGUGCGACCAUUUUUCUGUUGUGGAAGUCAGAUCUCCUUGAACAGCAUAACUGAAAUAAAAGACACGCCUGCAGCCUCCAAUGACAAGUCUCUAGACGAUGAUUAUGAGGAUUUGACAGAUUCGGAUGACCUUGUUGAAGACCUAGAUGCUGCAGGUGCUGCUGGCGAUUCUAACAGUUUGAAAUCUGACAAAUCAUCACACAGGUCAUCACGCAUUCUAAACAGCAAGAGGAAAAAAGCAACUGCCAUGCAUGAUAAGCCUAGUACUCGUAAAAAAUUCUGGUCAGUAAAGUUACGUGGGAAACUUCAUGUGGCAAAGCAGUCUCACUGUGUUUCGGAAUCUGAAUUGAAUGUGCCAUUAAAAGCCAGUGGAGAUUGUGUAUGUACAUCAUACAGACAUUCUAUUUCGGGAGCAGAAGGUGGUGGUAAUUCAUUACAUAAUGAUAUAGGGCUACCUGUAUCAGCUAUGGCUCAUUUACAGCUGGCUUCCUCAAAUACUGAAUUAAGAGGGGGAUCACAAGGGGAUGUUAAUGGAAGAGCUAGUCGCCGUAUCAACAGAAUGAAUGCACCUCUGGUUCCAUUGAUCAAUCUUAAUGCAUUGUAUCCUAUAAACGACAUCGAUGAACAAUUAAUUGCCCAAAGGCGAUUUGAAAUGGAACAUGGAAUAGAAGUUAAAGAUAAUACAGACAAUAUUUGGGUACAUAAAUCAGAACAAGAUGAGAACGUGAGUGUUGGGAGAGGGCAAGGAGCUGCUGCCCAAUACCCUUCAUAUGGUGCUAUGGGACUUUUCUCAGCGGAAGCAGAAACUCUAGUCAACUCCACUUUCCGACCUACCGUAGAGACAAGGAGCCUAACAUGCUCUACACUUAGUCUCAAUACCAACCCUUGGUUGCCAAACAUCCCACGUCCACCAGGUGGCAUUCAUACUCAAGUGGACUACAAACAUCAUCUUGUUCCUGACCUUGAAAAGAUCAUCAAUUCAAGCUUCUACUGGGGUGUCAUGGAUCGCUACCAGGCUGAAAAAUUGAUCGAAAACAAACCAGAAGGAACAUUCCUGUUGCGUGACAGUGCACAAGAUGAGUUUUUGUUCUCAGUCAGUUUCCGUAGAUAUGGUAGAUCUCUUCAUGCCAGGAUUGAGCAGUGGAAUCACAAGUUCAGCUUUGACUCUCGUGACCCUGGUGUGUUUGCUGCAGGCUCAGUGUGUGGCUUGAUUGAACACUACAAAGAUCCAAGCAGUUGCAUGUUCUUUGAGCCCAUGCUCACUCUCCCUCUGCAUCGCAAUUUUCCAUUCUCUCUUCAACAUAUUACACGAGCUACUAUAUGUAGUCGUUUAACAUACGAUGGUAUUAAUGAGCUGCCCUUGCCAUCAAGCUUAAAGGAGUACCUUCGAUUCUACCACUAUAAGCAGAAGGUUCGCGUACGCAGAUUUGACAAUAUUUCCUAAAAUUGGGUGAGAAACGGCUAUGUGCAAUCUUCAUAAAGAUAUUGAUCAUCAGGUUUGAAUGUCAAUUUCCACUUAGAGAGAGGGAGAAAUUCUUGCUCCCUCCACUAGAUUGGAAGUUAACAGCUUUAUGGCUUUUAGUGUUUGCAAGAUAAUGCAUAUUUUUUUCAGUUUUUAUUUAUGGCGGACACAUUUUUCAUAUUUAAGUAAUUUGUUAUUUUAUUAGUAUUGUGACAUUAGAUAAGUUCAAAAAUGAAACACAUAUUUCUUACCUUAAAAUACAUUAUGUACUUGUAUGUUUGUUUACUACAGUCCAAUCAAAAUAUAUUGAAUUUUGUUAUGAAGACAUUUUUGACAUAUCCAUACAUGUCAUAUUUCUGAAGGUCCGGUGCAGAACUUGUGGAUAAAUGGUGCUGUUUUAAAGGGAGAAUUGUUUGAAAAUAAGGUCAAAGUUAAGACCAGGAUCAGCUUUGUUGCUAAAAUGAUUCAAGUUCUGAAUUUAUACACAAUAAAUAAAAUUGUUUGAUGUAAGGGUUGCCUAAGAACAAAACAUUGCUAUAGCACUGACUGUCAGUAUCUAGCUUGCUUUAUUUCAACAGCCUAUCAAUUUACUAAUGAAAGCCACAGUUCCCUUCAGAUUAAACAGGCUAGCUUUUUAAGUACUUGGUUAGUUGGUAUUAAAUAUAUGUGUUUUUAUGCUCAGUUUGUUUUUGUAGAAAUGAGAUGUAGCACUAAAUUUUAAAGAUUAUGUACAUAUACAAGUCACCUGAAUAGAAGUUAAGCCUGCCUGUUGGUAAGUAAAGUGCAGGUCUACAGAUCACGGUUGCGAGUAUGAUCUGUGGGCUAGGGCAGGUCUACAGAUCACGGUUGCGAGAAUGAACCGUGGGCUAGGAGCAUGUUCUCAAUGACAAUUUGAAAAUAGACAUUUUGUCUGAAAUAAUGUAUCCUCAACCUCUGAUUCAUGUGGAGAAGAUGGCAGUUUCUUGAGAGAACAAGUAAGUACUGGGAUAGAGUGGAGGAAGACUGGUUAGGUUAACUGCCUGCCAUUACCUGAAAUACUGUUGAACAAUGGUGCUAAACCCAAACUGAAGAAACAAACUGAAUAGAAUAAAUAAUUUCAUGCAGCUUUAAAAUAUCUGUUAUGACUGACCCAUGUAUUUAAAGAAGAUGUACUUUCUGAAAGUGUUGAAAAGCAUUUUAUAUGUGAAACUCUCUAGUACACAGCUGUAGUUGUCAGCAAUAUUAUGUUAUUCAGUGCUUUCAUUGAACUGCUUUCAGUAUGCAAUUGUUUUGUUAUUGAUAUGUUUGUUUUGUUGAUUUACACUCUGCAUUGUCUGUAGUCAACAAUUUAAUUGUGUAACACACCAUCUAAAGUUUGAAAUGUUUGCCUAUUCUUACUGAAACCUAGAAUGUUCUCCUAAGUAAAGCCUCAGGGUCAUCUGGGUUUUCAAAACUGGGUUAAUAUAUCAAAUCAUAGAAAAAAACCUUGUGAAGAGUCAAAAUACCACAUCUUUACUUGGUCUAUCAUAAAACUUUGUCACAGUGUUUGUCUCUGUAAAAUCUAGGUAAAGUUUGAAACUGGAUUAUCUAAGGUAAAAAAAAAACAAGGCCACUUGGUCAGAUCAUAUGAAAACAUGUUUAUA